AUGGCGAUGAGAAACAAGGUCGUUCGGCUGCUCUUCUGGCUGGGCGCAGCCGUCUUCUCGCUGCAGCUAGCCACGUAUCUCUACCAUGGCAGCUCCGCGCCUUUCUGGGGCCGAACCCAGACGGCAGUCAUCAGUGGCGUGCAGCCGAGCCCAGAUGCCGAAAAAGCAGAGAUGAUCAAGGCGGCUUUCCAGUUCUCGUGGAGCAGAUAUUCAAGAUACGCGUUUCCCCACGAUACCCUACUUCCAGUCAAUCUGGCAUUCGAGGAUGACCGAAAUGGGUGGGGCGCCAGUGCUGUCGACGCGUUGAGCACCGCCAUCAUCAUGGAACAAGCCGAGAUUGUGGACAAGAUCCUGAGGCAGAUUGCUGUUACUGAUUUCACCCGAACGGCUGUGGAUGACCAGCCCAUCUCAUUAUUCGAGACCACCAUUCGCUACCUUGGAGGCUUGCUUUCCGGCUACGAUCUACUCUCUGGCCCCUUCAGCAACCUGGUUCAAGACCAAAAACUGGUGGACAAAUUGUUAGAACAGGCAGUAUCUCUUGCUGAUAGCCUAAGCAUCGCCUUUGACACACCGAGCGGUGUUCCCGAUGACGAAGUCAUCUUCAACCCCAAGCGGAGGCGGUUUGGUAACCAUGAUAACUCCAUCACUUGCAUCGGCACUCUCGUUCUCGAAUGGACUCGCUUAAGUGAUCUCACUGGCAACCCGACCUACGCAGGUCUCGCCCAAAAAGCCCAGGCUCAUCUUCUCAGCCCCAAACCCGGCACGGGUUUCAAGCUGCCCGGUCUCGUGGGCACGUACGUCCGCCUCAACAAUGGUGAAUUUGGGGACUAUCAGGCCGGCUGGGGCGGCGGCUCCGACAGCUACUACGAGUACCUCAUCAAGAUGUAUGCCUAUGAUCCUGUCGCCUUUGCUGCCUACAAGGACAGCUGGAUCCAAGCCGCCGAGUCGUCAAUGCGGUAUCUGGCAUCCCAUCCCACGUCCCGUACUGACCUCACCUUCCUCGGCGAGUUUCGUGGAAAUUCGACUGUGCCAAUGUCCAGUCACCUGGCCAGCGUCUGUGGAGGCUCCUUCAUUCUCGGCGGUCUCCUUCUCCAAAACCAGACGUUCGUCGACUUUGGCCUCGAGCUCUCCAAGUCGUACUACGAGGUGUACCGCCAGAGCCCAACCGGGAUCGGCCCAGAGGAGUUCCGGUGGAUCGACGACCACCAGGAACUGACCAAAGAAGCUACCAACCACCCAGCCCCGGAGAAGUGGGCGAGCUUCUACGAGGAUAGUGGCUAUUGGCCCACGAAUGCCGAAUAUAUCCUCAGGCCAGAGACGAUUGAAAGUAUCUACUACGCGUAUCGCGCGACCGGCAAUCGGAAAUGGCAACAGAUAGCAUGGAAUAUGUGGAAAGCACUGGACAAGUCAACUUGGGUCGAAGGGGGUCAUUCAGGGCUGCACAAUGUGAUGCUAUCGCCCGAUGAUGGAAAGCGGGUCGAUAAGAUGGAGAGUUUCUGGCUCGCAGAGACGUUGAAGUAUUUCUACCUGAUUUUCUCGGAGGACACUGAGUAUCAGGUGAAGAGGGAUGGGAAGAUGAAGUAUGUGCUCAGCACCGAGGCGCAUCCAUUGCGGGUCCGGGGUUAA